CAAAUUAGUUUCUAUAUGGAUAGCCCAGUGGAGGAGUCCAGAAAGCAAGCUUUCGACGUCUUAAUUCCCAAUUUACCCACUGGACUGGAGUGGCCACCUCCUCCAUUGAAUUUCGAACUGUUUCUCUCCCCGAUGGCUCCUCCGGUGGGGAAGACGAAGAAGAAGAAGAAGAAGAAGAAGAAGACGGAGAAACCUUUGGAUAAGGACCUUAAGGAGAAGAAGAAGAGAAUCAACGCAGUUCCUUUGGACCCUGAGGCUAUUGACUGCGACUGGUGGGAUACUUUCUCGCACCGAAACUCUUCUCUCUCAGUCCCGUCAGACGAAGAUGAUGCCUUUAAGCACUUCUUUAGGGCUUCUAAGACCACCUUUAGCUACAUAUGCUCGCUCGUCAGGGAGGAUCUUAUCUCUAGACCUCCCUCUGGCCUCAUCAACAUCGAGGGUAGGCUUCUUAGCGUUGAGAAACAAGUCGCCAUUGCUCUUCGACGCUUAGCUUCUGGUGAUUCUCAGGUCUCCGUCGGAGCUGCCUUUGGUGUUGGCCAGUCCACUGUUUCCCAGGUUACUUGGAGAUUCAUCGAGGCACUUGAGGAACGCGCCAAGCAUCAUCUCCGCUGGCCAGAUUCUGACAGAAUUGAAGAGAUCAAGUCUAAGUUCGAGGAUAUGUACGGCCUCCCCAAUUGUUGCGGAGCCAUUGAUACAACCCACAUCAUCAUGACUCUCCCGGCUGUGCAAGCCUCAGACGACUGGUGUGACCACGAGAAGAACUACAGCAUGUUCUUACAAGGAGUCUUUGAUCACGAAAUGAGAUUUCUCAACAUGGUUACCGGCUGGCCAGGCGGCAUGACCGUCUCCAAGCUUCUCAAGUUCUCUGGCUUCUUCAAACUCUGUGAAACCGGUCAGAUUUUAGACGGAAAUGUCAAAACUUUGUAUGAAGGAGCACAAGUUAGAGAAUAUGUAGUUGGAGGGAUCAGUUACCCGCUUCUUCCUUGGCUUAUAACUCCUCACGACAGCGAUGAUCCCUCUGGUUCCAUGAUGGCGUUCAACGACAGGCAUGAGAAAAUGAGGUCAGUGGCAGCUACCGCCUUUGCACACCUUAAAGGAAGCUGGAGGAUCCUCAGCAAGGUUAUGUGGAGACCAGACAGGAGGAAACUGCCGAGUAUAAUACUGGUGUGUUGUUUGUUGCAUAACAUCAUAAUCGACUGUGGAGAUUAUCUGCAAGAGGAUGUUCCUUUUUCUGGUCAUCAUGACACAGGCUACGCAGACCGGCUCUGCAAGCAGACUGAGCCGCUUGGUGGUGAGCUCAGAGGAUAUCUGACUGAGUAUUUGCUGAGGGGAGGAUCCUAAACCCUGGGGUAUUUUGUCUAUUUGACAUCGUCAUCUCUUCUCAAAGGCCGUACUAAACCCGUUGAACCGUUCAUCGUCAGUUUACUGGUAGACUUCGAAAUAUCCGACAGAAGAAUGUAAUGAAACUUUUCUUCAAUACCGGAUCAACAGCAUGCUCUAUUAAGAUAUUGCCAAUUGGGCUUAUGUAGAAUCGACUACUCAGUUUGAGAGGUGACGAUAAUAUCCCAAAAAAGAAUUGUUUUUGCCAAUGUAUAUAUAUUGUUAUGUUGUUUUUUAUAUUUGGUGUUUUUUUAUAGAAUAGUUUUGAGUGGUUGGGUUCC